CUCUCUCUCUCUCUCUCUCUCUCUCGUCCGGUGCUUUAUUUAUUCAUUUUUGUUUGCUGUAGUUGGAAGCUUUUUAUUAGUUUCUCUCAGCUAGCUCAGGGUCUGGUUGAAGGGUUUGUUGGCUUGGAUUUCAGGUGGAUUUGGUUGUAUGUUUGUUGUAUUUCUUUUUCUGAGUGAUUGUGGGCUGAGAUGGAGAGGGAUUUCUUGGGUUUGAACUCAAAAGAGUCGACGUUAGUGGUGAAGGAGGAGAUUAAUAAUGAUGGAUGCAAAGACUCAGGGUAUGCUAGAGGUGCAGGAGGUGCACAUUGGCCCUUCUUGAACAAGGUCUCUGCACUUCCUCAUUUGAUUCCUUUCAAAGCUGCUCAAGAUGAUAAGACUAAAAAGAUGGUAUCUGAGUCCUUCCUGUCUUCUGGAUUCAUGCCUAUCUCAACUGCAGAUGCAUUUGACCAUUGUCAAAAACAGGCUCCAUGUGAAAUUCAGAAUUACUUCAAUCACGAUAGGCAAGAUGGCACUCAUUUUUCCCUGACAGCUUAUCCUAUGCAACAUGAUGUGCAUUCUGUUCAUCGUCCCCAUGAUGUGAAGAUGAUUUCAGUUACCAAUCAAGGAUUUUCUGUUCCUGUGAGCAACCCUUUCUUCAAGAAUCCCUUUGCUACUACUGGUCAGAAUUUUGCUGCCACUACCAUCAAGCAACAAUUGCAGGGAAUUCCAGUUACAGCUCCUUACUCAGUUCUUCCAGUUUCAGGGAGCACCGAACCAUGGAACAAUUCCAAGAACUCUGGGUCUCCUUCACAAUUGACAAUCUUUUAUGCCGGCACUGUGAAUGUCUAUGAUGAUAUCUCCCCUGAGAAGGUUCAGGCUAUGAUGCUUUUGGCUGGAAAUGGUUCUUCCAUCUCCUCUAAUGCUGCACAACCAAAAACUCAAGCACCUAGUGCAAAGUUGGCAGUGGAAGAUGGUGUUCCCGUGAAUCAGCCGACAAAUACACCACCAUCUGGUCUUUCUAGCCCCUUAUCUAUUUCUUCACAUACUGGUGUCCAGUCAGUAAGUGGAUCCACAAACACUGAUGAGCUAAUGGCACCAAGAACGACUGGACAUCCAACCAGUCCUGUUAGCAAAAUGGAGCCUCCGAAAAUAGUAAAUGCAGUUGGAUCUGUUGCUGCAACUUCUAUGAUUCCUUCUGCUGUUCCACAGGCUCGGAAAGCAUCCUUGGCUCGAUUUUUGGAGAAGCGCAAGGAAAGGGUAAUGAUUUCCGCCCCGUACAACUUCAGCAAGAAAUCUCCAGACUCCAAUGGAGUGAAUUUCACCCAGCAGGGAGAACAACAAUGAUGUAGAAUGCUGAAUUGGAGGUGGGAUUAUUGCAAAAUUAAUGUAGUAUAUAAAGCAUAUUGUUCUUCAAAAUAACUGCUACCUUGAUUUCGGAGUCUUAAACUAAGAUUCUUUCCAAGUGUUGUAGGGUAGGGAUUUCCCCCCAAAUUAUUACAUUGAGCACCUUUGUGUAAUAUAUAAGUUUUACGCUAUUCAGUUGUGGUGAAAAUAAAUAAUACCAGCCGGAAACUAAUAAAAUUGUAAGCCUGUGUUGCAUUAUUAUGGCAGACACGGAAGAUGAUGUAAAAUCAUUGUCACCAUGGCAGAGGAGCACACGAGAUAUGAUGAGUGGCUGUUCUUUCCA